GUGAAUAAAAAUCACUUUAAAAAACCGUAAGUAAGGAAGGUACAGGGAGUUCAGCCUCAAACACCGGCAUCAGUGAAGCUGGAGGCACAGGAAUGGUGGGAUUGAUGGGAUCAUCAUUAUCAUCUUCAUCUCCUUUGUCACUCUGGUGGGUCCAACUCCAGCAGCCGGGACCAUCACCCUUUAAUCUCAUCUCCACUGCCACUUCUCUCCGCAUAGGCUUUCUCCUCCACUCCUCCUUUAGGAAACUUUCUCAUCUCUGUCAUGUGCCUAGACUGAAGGAACUAUGGUUUGAAAAAGCCUCGCAAAUCAAGGGAAUCGAUCUUCUUGAAUUUUCAAAUGAUUUUUUUUCAUCCUCAUGUUCACAUUGCUUAUUUUUCUUCAAUGGUGGAGAAACUGGAAAGGGACGUGGAAUUGAUGGAACGUCGCAUUCUGGGACAUCCAGAAGAAAUUCAAUUGAUGGAAGGAAAUUGACGAAUGUUCUUCUUGCUAUUAACGUCUUAGUUUAUGUUGCACAAAUGGCUACACAGGGAAAGCUGUUAUUGUGGGGAGCUAAGAUUAAUAGUCUCAUCGACAAGGGACAACUUUGGAGGCUGGCCACCUCUUCCCUUUUGCAUGCGAAUAUUGGGCACCUCAUGAUUAAUAGUUAUUCUUUGAAUUCUAUUGGUCCUACCGUUGAGAACCUUAGCGGUCCAAGGAGAUUUCUUGCAAUUUACUUUACCUCUGCAAUUGCAAGUUCAGCAACGAGCUAUUGGUUUUGUAAAGCACCUGCUGUGGGUGCGUCAGGAGCAAUUUUUGGAUUAGUUGGUUCUCUUGCUGUGUUUGUCAUAAGACAUAGGGGCAUGAUCAGAGGUAGCAAGGAGGAUCUACAAAACAUAGCACGAAUAAUUUUGCUAAAUAUGGUUAUUGGUAUAUUGUCCAGAGGCAUUGACAACUGGGGACAUUUAGGAGGAUUGCUUGGUGGAGUUGCUACAUCUUGGCUUGUUGGACCUGCCUGGAAGUACGAGUCCCUGGCAAAUGAUGGUGGAAGAAUAUUUGUCGACAGGGCACCAAUUAAAUCUCUCUCUAACAGAAAGCGGAAUGAUAGGCAUCUCAGUUGAAUUGUUUAUAUCAUAGCAGAACUCCCACCGGAGCUCUCAUCUUGGCUUUCGUCGAUUGUAAAUGAGAGUUGGUGACACCCCAUGUCAACGCCUUGUGAUUGCAACCAACAUGCUUUAGUUUAUUAAAGUUGCUGGAGUUGAUUCUAAAGUUGUUUGUAAACUCUAAUUCAAACCUUGUCAAAAUCAAAACAAUGAGAAAAAAAAUAAGCUUUUUCUUCGUUGCAAA